AUGACCUCACUUGGUCAAUAUUCAUCCAAUAUGCUUACUAGAAGAAUACAUAAAGCCUUUACACAAAUACGGCCUCCAUACGCAGCCCUUCGACACAUACAUUCUCAACCUGGAUCUCCAAACAGCGACCCGAAAGAAGAUGGUCGUGAAGCCAGCGCUGAACAGGACGCGGAAGAGCUGCCCACUGAAGAAGAAGUCGAAGCGAACCGCAGCGCAGCUGCUAACUUUGCGCAAAACUCUUUUAUUGGUGGUGCAAAGUACACAACUGUGCCAAGAGAGAAGGGUUCUGAACUGAACAAGGAGAAGAAACAGCAUGUCCGUCGUGGACAGUCGCAUGGCAUGGUUGCGCCGGUGACGUUACAACAUCUGGUCGGGUUGCGCCCUAUGCCGAUUGAAAGGAAUUUGCCACAGCUGAUGAAAGUGCCUGCGAACGCUCACCGACUGGACGAUACCUUCCCAUAUCCGGUUCACCCCAGUACCGUCUCGCAACUGCGGGCCACUGUAUCUACUAUGCUCCAUCCGACAUUGCACGCAGCUCAUGUUGAACGACUUCCCUAUCUUCGUGAAGGAAUCGUUCUGUUGACAUGUCCCCUGAAAGGAUCGGAAAUAUAUCUUCGAACUUUGGCCACAUCAGUGGCCGCCGAGAACAAUGCCUUGUUUGUAUCUGUCACCAAUGACGAUCUAUUUGAACGAUUGUCUGGGCAUAAGGUUGUCACUGGGCCACCGUUAAAGACAGAUCAGCAUGGAGGGAUGUAUGGAGGUGGAGGGGGGCAGCGGCCAAUGGGUCGGAGAAGAGCUCCGAGCAUGCUCGCAGUCCAGCUGGUGCCAACGUUGGGUGGUGGAGGUAAUAUAUCUGCACAACCGCAGGAAGACGAUGCGGAUUUGAAUGAAGAUGUGCCGUCUGUACCCUAUCCUUGGUUCAAGGGUUACCAGAACAGUAAGGGCGAACGCCUAGUACUUGCCCGAAACCGAACUGGAGCUACGGAACCCUUGGGAGAUGCACAGAAACUUAUCGGCGAUGCUUUUACGAUCUUCUUCGACAAGAUUGCUGCAGAAAGCACUGGCCGACCAGUCAUUAUUUAUUAUGAGGAUCUCCUCGCGCUACUUACCAGUGAGGAAGGCAAGCUGCCAGAUCUGAUUGCUUUACUCUCAAAGAGCCUGGAGAAGUGUAGGGACGAGGGAACAAAUAUCCUGCUGUUGGCACCACAUACAUCGACAUUUCAAAAGACGUCUAAUCAAGGAAAUCGGAUGGGUGGCAUAGGGAAUCUGAUUAAAGCUCUGAACUCGGGUGAGGAAGAUGGCCCACCUGAUGAAGAGCCUGGGGGUCCUGGCGGUUUCAACAUUUUGGGUGGCCAACGGCGGCGACCCAAGGGGCUGUCGUACGAUACGCCGCUUGAUAAGUAUCUUGGGGUGACUGCGGUCAAUGUAUUCCCGCCUCCGGGAGGCGAGCUAAAGAGGCUACAGAAUCAGCUGGAAGAUGAUCUGCGGAUACUGUAUUGGAAUGCCAACAAACGGGAACUUGCUCUUGCGGCGGGAGCAGCGGAUGUUCAGCUCCCUCUGGCAGAUGAGCGUCUAUCCAAAUUGAUCACAGCACCUCCGCGACCCUCCAAUGCCUCACUUGCGCUGCUUAGCGACCGUCUCCUUUCCCCCCUCGAAGUCGAAACAUUAGUGUUUUUGAGCAUUGACGCCUACCGCCAACGAAAACCUGAUGGACGACGAAAAUCAAAAAACAAUGCCGUCUUGAGCGUCACCCCAGACGAUUUCAUUAAUGCAUGCAGCAUUGGCUCUUUGGAACGAAACACGCUUGAGGAUAUGAAGAAUGGGACUGCAUAUGCGGGUGUGUUCAAGAACCCUGGUGACAGAACGCGACUUUCGCAGCGUGAAGAGCAGUUGUUGGGCCAGUGUUUGGUGAAACCAGAUCCGGCUGUGGCGUCUUUCCAAGGAGUGGGAGGUUUGAAGAAGACCAAACAGACGAUUCAAGAGCUGAUAAGACUACCAUUACAACGACCUGAACUAUUUGAAACGGGUAUUCUACGGCAAAGCACGACGGGUAUAUUAUUGUUUGGUCCACCAGGAACUGGAAAGACAUUACUAGCGCGUGCUGUGGCCGCAGAGUCUGGAGCGAAUUUUCUCAACGUUCAAAUGAGUGACAUUCAGAGCAUGUGGGUUGGCGAGAAUGAAAAGAACGUAAAGUCUCUCUUUACCUUGGCUCGGAAGCUCAGGCCCUGCGUUAUUUUUGUGGAUGAGAUUGACGCCCUACUACGUGCCCGACAAAGACAUCAAGCCCAUCAUGUCACCAAUACCAUCAACGAAUUUAUGCAAGAAUGGGAUGGGUUGCAAAGUGACUCCAAUGGCGUGAUCGUAGUCGGUGCAACAAACCGACCGUUUGAUUUGGACGAAGCGGUGCUUCGACGACUUCCUCGUCGGAUUUUGGUUGAUAUGCCCGAUUAUGAGGCUCGAUGUGAGAUUCUAGGGAUUAAGUUAAAGGACGAUCCUUUGGGAGAAAAUACACCAGCGGAACGAAAGAGAAUUAUAGAGGAAGUCGCCUCCUUGACGAAUGGGUGGAGUGGUAGCGAUUUACGCAACUUUUGCAUAGCCGCUGCAUACGCAUCUCUUCGACCGCACGUCGAAUCCGGUGCAGAUCUCACAGUACGACCGUCAAUUACUCUUGAGGACUUUAAGACUGUCCUCGAAUCGGGAGAUGUAAGACCAUCUCUGAGCGAUAGAGCCGAAUUGAGCAAGCAGUUAAAGGAUUGGGACAAGGUAUAUGGAACCGGCAGCGGAGGGUACGGGCGCGGGGGAAGCGAGUGGGGAUUUGAUUUGGUGCUUCAGCAGCCCAGUCGGACAUCUAGUGAUAGCCAACAGCUGGAAUAG